UUUUUUCCAAGCCUCCUUUCUUUUUCAACAGGUGUCCAGGCUACACAGAACCACAAAAUCUAACACGUGUCUCAGAAUUCUUCCUCCUGGGACUCUCAGAUGAUCCAGAACUGAAGCCUGUGCUCUUUGGGCUGUUCCUGUUGAUGUACCUGGUCACUGUGUUGGGGAACCUGCUCAUCAUCCUGGCUGUCAGCUCUGACUCCCACCUCCACACCCCCAUGUACUUCUUCCUCUCCAACAUGUCCUUGGUUGACAUUGGUUUCAUCUCCACCACUGUCUCCAAGAUGAUUGUGGACAUCCAAACUCACAGCAGAGUCAUCUCCUAUGGGGGCUGCCUGACUCAGAUGUCUUUUUUUAUCCUUUUUGCAUGUAUGGAUGAUAUGCUUCUGACUGCAAUGGCAUAUGACCGAUUUGUGGCCAUCUGUCACCCUCUGCACUACUCAGUCAUCAUGAACCCACACUUAUGUGGCUUCUUAGUUUUGGUGUCUUUUUUAAUUAGCGUUUUGGACUCCCAGCUGCACAAUUUGAUUGUGUUACAACUUACCUGCUUCAAGGAUGUGGAAAUUUCUAAUUUCUUCUGUGGCCCUUCUCAACUCCUCAGCCUUGCCUGUUCUGACACUUUCUUUAAUAACAUAGUCAUGUAUGUUUUUGGUGCCAUUUUUGGUUUUCUCCCUUUCUCAGGGAUCUUUUUCUCUUACUAUAAAAUUAUUUCCUCUAUUCUUAGAGUUCCAUCAAUAGGUGGGAAAUAUAAAGUCUUCUCCACCUGUGGCUCUCACCUAUCAGUGGUUUGCUUAUUUUAUGGAACAGGUUUUGGAGUUUACCUUGGAUCAACAUUGUCAUCUUCCCCCUGGAAGGAUGUGGUGGCCUCAGUCAUGUGCACCAUAGUCACUCCCAUGCUGAACCCCUUCAUUUACAGCCUGAGGAACAGGGACAUCAAGAGUACCCUGUGGAGACUCUACAGCAGACUAAUCUAA